GAUGCGCAUCUGCAUUCCAAAGAAAAUCCGCGACUAUGGUUUUGAAAAGCUCAGUUCUGUCUGCCGAUGGAAGACGUCGGACUGGGACGAGGAUACGACGAGCAUGUCCUGGGUGCGCAGAAUAAUAUUCAAAGUAUGCCGUUUUCGCCGUUGCCUAUGCUGCGCCUGCGCACCCAUCCUCCUGAUGAUGUGUCUCGGCGUCUACGUAACAAUCGCCGUCUGCUUGUCCAUGGCCCCAUCAAGGGUCUCUGAACAGCUCAGGAGAACCAAGGAGAGCUAUGCUAUGACUCAGAACACUGUAGAUGGAAAGUUCACUGCUCCGGGACUGAGGAGUGGACCUGAGCAUGCGGCCCUCCCUAAGACCUUUUGGAGGAGCAAAUUGGAAGCCAACAACACCGGGCUGUGGAACCGGCUUCAGUAUAAGAUGGAUCUGCUUCACAGCUCUGUCUUGAACUCAGGAAAGAGUAAAUGGCAACGCUUUAGGCACCGCCGAAAGCUCAUCCCCAUGCUGACCAAAAUACCAGGAAGCAAAUGCGUUAUUAGCCAGGAGUCGCUUGAAAAGGCCCUGCCAGACUUCCAGACACUGCCCUUCCAUGUCAGAGAGUUCAUUCCCAGGAUGCUGUGCCAGGACUUCCCCCUCAUCUUAGACCAGCCUGGCUUAUGCCAGACAGGGCCUGGGAAGGCCAACAGCUCCAGUCCCUUCCUGCUGCUGGCCAUCAAGAGCCAGGACGAGAACUACGAGCAGCGCAGGGUGAUCAGGGACACCUGGGGCAAAACGGGGCAGAUGAGGGGCAUGAAGGGCAGAGGAGGGCUGGUGCGCAGGGUUUUCCUGCUGGCCAAGAGCGGCGUGCGGCCCAACCGCACCCAGGAGGAGCUGCUGCAAGUGGAGAACAAGCAGCACGGCGACCUGCUGCGCUGGGACUUCAAGGACACCUUCUUCAACCUGACCCUGAAGGACGUGCUGUUCUGGCGCUGGCUGGCCCACCGCUGCCCGCACGCCCAAUUUGUCUUCAAGGGCGACGACGACGUCUUCCUGCGGACUCCCGCGCUGCUGGACUACCUGCGGGAGGCAGUGGCGAAGGAGGAAGAGAAGGCCACCGCAGGACUGAAGCACGACCGGAGCCUAAAUGACUUCUUAGUGGGGGACGUGAUUGCCCUAGCUCAGCCUAUUCGCGAAAAAGACAACAAGUACUACAUUCCCGAGAGUCUGUACUCGGGCACUUACCCCACGUAUGCGGGUGGCGGUGGGGUGGUGUACUCAGGAGCACUGGCCAUGCGCCUGCAAGCGAUGUCGGAGAGGGUCCGUCCGUACCCCAUCGACGACGUGUACGUGGGCAUGUGCCUGGAGAGGCUAGGGGUGAUCCCAAAGCACGAGCCGGCCUUCCUCACGUUCGACUUCCCUGAGGGCGAGGAGGAGCACCACUGUGCCUAUCACAGCAUCCUGCUUGUCCACAAGCGUAGCCCCGAGGUGGUGAGGAGACUGUGGGCCCAGGUGCUCGACCCUCCCCCCGAAUGCCGAAACACCAGCCUACGACUGGAGCCCACGCCAAAGCCACCAGCUUCUGAAGAGAAAGCAGAGGAUGCUCCGAAAGUCAAAGUGGAAAUUGUUAAAAAGGAUGAAUUAGAUAUCAUGGACUUGAUGUGAGGGUCGAGGAGAAGCUUGGUGGUUGUCUUUGAGGCCAUCCAAGCCAUCAAAUGACAUUUGGACAGACUUGAAGAAGGGAUGUUGGCCUUGGAUUACUCUGAGGGCUCACCGACAUAGAAUAUGUUAAUACAGAACACUUUAUGUUUAAUACCAAAUAAGUGGUUUCGCCAAUCAGGGUUUCACUUUACAAUCUAGGACACUUAACUUUGAGGAAUACCCUAUGUGUGUAUGGAUACUGUGUACUGUCACAGUGCCUGACUUGGCUCUCUAGACUGUGCAUGAGUUAAGCCAAUAAUGGCUUGGAAUACAGUGGAAAAGUAGCUUGAGUUACUUUGCCCUCACUUACGUGUGUGUGUGUGUGUGUGUGUGUGUGUGUGUGUGUGUGUGUGUGUGUGUGUGUGUGUGUGUGUGUGUGUGUGUGUGUGUGUGAGUGUGUGAGAGAGAAAACUGUGAAGCUUUUUACGUUUUGUUUUGUAUUGUUUUGUCAUAAAAGAUGUGUUUAUAACCCAGUAUUUGUAAUGAAUAUUCAAAUGCAGAACUUCAAAUUAAAUUAUUGCUAUUCAUAUACCGGUACACACAA